AUGUCCUCGAUUGCUCCUUUCUAUGGUGGCAAGUCCAUUCUCAUCACCGGGGCCACAGGCUUCCUGGGCAAGGUCUUGAUGGAAAAGCUGUUUCGCACCAGCCCUAACCUGAAAGUCAUUUAUGUCCUUGUGAGGACCAAGGCUGGCCAGACAUUGCAGCAGAGGGUUGUCCAGAUCUUAAACAGUAAGCUGUUUGAAAAAGUGAAAGAAGUGUGUCCAAAUGUGCAUGAGAAGAUCAGGGCUAUUUACGCAGACCUUAACCACAAUGACCUGGCCAUCAGCAAGGAGGACAUGGAGGAGCUUCUCUCCUGCACCAACGUUGUCUUCCACUGCGCAGCCACGGUGCGCUUCGAUGACCCUCUCAGACGUGCCAUGCAACUGAAUGUCGCUGCCACCCAGAAGCUCCUGCACAUGGCCAGUCAGAUGCCAAAGCUCGAGGCCUUCAUACAUAUCUCUACUGCCUUCUCAAACUGUAACCUGAAGCACAUUGAUGAAGUCAUCUAUCCGUGCCCUGUGGAGCCAAAAAAAAUCAUCGAUUCCAUGGAGUGGUUAGACGACACUAUUAUUGAUGAGAUCACACCCAAGCUGAUCGGGGACCGGCCCAAUACUUACACCUACACCAAAGCCUUGGGAGAGAUGGUGAUGCAGCAGGAGGGUGGGAACCUAAACAUCGCCAUCGUGAGGCCCUCCAUUGUGGGAGCAACCUGGCAGGAGCCUUUCCCAGGUUGGGUUGAUAACAUCAAUGGACCUAAUGGGCUCAUUAUUGCGACCGGGAAAGGGUUUCUCCGGGCCCUGAGGGCUUCUCCAAUGGCUGUGGUAGAUUUGAUUCCAGUUGAUACAGUCGUCAACCUCACCUUGGCUGUAGGAUGGUACACAGCAGUUCACAGGCCUAAGUCAACGUUAAUCUACCACUGUACAUCUGGUAACUUGAACCCCUGUUACUGGGGCAAAAUGGGAUUCCAAAUCUUGGCAACCUUUGAAAAAGUUCCAUUUGAGAAAGCUUUUAGGAGGCCACAUACUGACCUCACAGGCAACACCAUCGUAACCCAGUACCGAAACGCUGUCAGCCACUGGGCCCCUGCCAUCAUCUAUGACUUCUACCUGUGGCUCACAGGAAGGAAGCCCAGGAUGACAAAGCUCAUAAACCGGCUUUUAAGAACCAUCUCCAUGCUGGAGUACUUCAUCAACGGGAGCUGGGAGUGGAGCACGCGCAACACAGAAAUGCUGAUGUCCAAGCUGAGUCCCGAGGACCAGAGAGUGUUCAACUUUGAUGUGCGCCAGUUGAACUGGCUGGAAUACAUUGAAAAUUACAUUCUCGGAGUGAAGAAGUACUUACUGAAGGAGGAUAUGGCCGGGGUCCCAGGAGCAAAGCAGCACUUGAAAAGGCUCCGAAACAUUCACUACCUCUUCAACACCGCCCUCUUCCUCCUCACCUGGCGCCUCCUCCUCGCCAGGUCUCAGGCGGCUCGGAACGUCUGGUUCCUCAUCGUGAGCUUCUGCCAUAAGUUCCUCUCCUACUUCAGGGCAUCCAGCAUGCUCAAGGUCUAAGGACAUUUGGCAGUUGUCAUUUACCUGGAACCUCUGAGACACCUCCAAACAGCAGACUGUGGUUCUCAAGAUGAGGGGGUGAGAGAGAGGAUGCCCAGCCACACUGCCUGCCAAAUGUCUGUCAUGCAAUCACCCCUCUUUCUUACCCUCUCUAUUCUUUUUAUCACAGCGAGAGAAGGAAAGUCAUACCCCAGCCUGUAACGCUACAUGUUUUAGGAAAAAAUUAUUUCCAGAUUGUUUCCUAACACUCCAUGUCCUUGAAUAUAAAACACCAAGUACAACCCUCUUCUAAAGAGGACUGAUUUCAGCUCAAUAAACAUGGAAGAACAUACCUUAAAAGCUAAAAUGUGCCAAAGAAAGGCGGUUCUACCAUUGGGACCAUUCUGGGGUACCCAGUAUAAAGGUUUAAAGUCAGUCUAAGUGGAGGAAGAGUGGCCUCAGCACCCUCCGAAAUGCUGUAAGGGAAAUAAUUCUCCACGGGAAGGCCGCUUCCUUUCCGUGCUACGCCGUGGAGUCCUGGGGGAAUUAGAAAAAUGGGCUUACCUUGAACAUUUCCCAACUUUCCCACUCCUGAAACCUAAAAAGAACUGAGGUCUAAAUAAUUAUGCAUGGGUAAUGAGGCUCAAGCCUAUUUGCAUUAAGACUCAGUUCUUUAUGCUUUUAGCCAGAAAUUCUUGCCAUUUGAAUUUGACAACUAUUAUUUCUAAAUCUUUUGAAUCACCAAUUUUCCUGAUAACCUUCUCUUAGGAGUUUCCUUCUCAUUCAUUAAAGUCACCAAACCCCUUAUAUUUAAGCUUAUUUUACUUAGGCCUCAGAGUGACUAAAUGGAGAGGAAGGUCCUAGGCUGGAAUCACAUAAAAACCCAGUCCCCAGAUCUUUGCCAUUGAGGAAAGCAAAAUUUCAAAUAAAGAUUUAAGUGCUGGUUUUGGCCUUUUUCUGUAUAGUGAAGAUUACUCUCUGUGGCCCCCAGGAUGUGCUAGCAUGUUGAUCAUUCCAGCCGCACAGUGUUCACUGUAGAGUGUACAGCAGAAAAGGGUAGCGACUUCCUUAAGUGACUCUAAGGUGAGAGAGCAGGUGUUGUUUUGUUUAAAAAUAUAUUUUAUGUGUAAUGUAAAUGAAUUAGCAAAAACGUAUUUUCCCCCGAAUGUCUAUAUUACUAAUAUAACUACUAUCCCAACUUUCCUCAUAUUUGAGAGAUCAGUACACGAUGGACUGCAGUGCUUCAUGUUAAAAACAUGGGAUAUUAUUCAAGUAUAAUAUCUGGGGCCUACACAAUUACAAAUAAUUACAACUACUAGACACACAAGCAUAAAAUGCUAAUAAGUUAUGUUUGUGCUCCCUCUCUGGAAUAAUUGGUACUACUUAAAGUGGCACAUUCAUGUAAUUGAAGUGUACAAACCUUGAGGCAGCUUCUAGAUUAUUCGAGAUUUUUCUGGACCCAUAAAAGGCAUUUUGGGGGAACUCUUCCAGGUAAUGUCUUUCCCAGUCUCAUCUAAGUUCUGGGAAUUACUUUCCAGGGCAAACAACCCAGCUCUGAAACAAAACACCUGGUGAUCUUUAGCUUAUGAUGUCUGUACAAUAUUUCUGAUUUAACACUGAUAAAGAUACAAAACUACAGAUACGGUAAAAAGGAAAUCAAGAUAUAUAACUCAGUGAGACUGGAUAAAGCAUAACAGUUCUAAGAAUUUACUAUCUUCUAAUUGUGUUUCGCUAAUAAAUUGCACUGAUGAAGUA